CUGCCGGUGCGCCGCGCCAAGCUCCGCCCACACUAAUGCCCACAAACUGAUUCAGUAGAGCUUGAGACUUUGCCUGCGCCGUACCUGCGCCUUGGUGCCGCUCAAACUGAAGCUGAUGAGACUCUUUGGAAACUGUUCUUCUCUACAUUCACUGUGUCUUGUGCGCUUUGCUGCUCUGGAUUAACUGAAUGUAAGGGUAUCCCAGUUAGCAUGUGUUUAAUAGGCAUACAUCGCAAAGGAGCCACAAGGAGCUGCACCGUUUGAGCAACUAUUCUCAUUUGCGAUAAAAGUGCUGGAUCUGGUUCUGUAAAUGAAACUACUAGUGGAACAUUACACAGCCUGUCUCUGAUGCAUGGUUGGCUGCACAUUCCUGCAUCACAAGCAACAUGAAGACCCAUUCCUUGCUUUGAGUGUGGAUCCAGAAAAGAACAAGAAUUGGGAAUUUCUAUGUGUUUUCCUUUUCUUAGUGCCUCUUUCUAAGAUUGCUUUCCAUUCAUCUAGCAACAUCUUUAGUUAUCAUGUCUGCAAGGCUCCUGGUGGUUUUCUUUCUACUGUCAGUUUUCCAAGCCUGCUCCAGGAAGAUUGAAGAUGAUGAAUAUGAAGAUCUGACAAUGAACCAAAAAUGGGUGCUUGCCCCUAAAACUCAAGACACAGAUGCCACAUUAAUUCUUAACAAGCUCCUGAAAGAAUAUGACAAGAAAUUAAGACCAGAUAUUGGAAUUAAGCCAACGGUUAUUGAUGUGGAUAUUUACGUCAACAGCAUUGGGCCAGUAUCUUCAAUUAAUAUGGAAUACCAAAUAGAUAUAUUUUUUGCUCAGACAUGGACUGACAGUCGACUCAGGUUCAACAGCACCAUGAAAAUCCUAACACUAAAUAGCAAUAUGGUUGGAUUAAUCUGGAUCCCUGAUACCAUUUUCCGGAAUUCUAAAACUGCAGAAGCUCAUUGGAUUACAACCCCCAAUCAACUCCUUAGGAUAUGGAAUGAUGGGAAAAUUUUGUAUACAUUAAGGCUUACUAUUAAUGCAGAAUGUCAACUUCAGCUGCACAACUUUCCAAUGGAUGAACACUCAUGUCCACUCAUCUUCUCCAGCUAUGGUUAUCCAAGGGAAGAAAUGGUAUACAGAUGGAGAAAAAAUUCAGUGGAAACUGCAAAUCAAAAAUCUUGGAGACUUUAUCAGUUUGACUUCAUGGGCCUCAGGAAUACCACUGAAAUCGUAAAAACAUCGGCAGGUGAUUAUAUUGUAAUGACGGUGUAUUUUGAUUUGAGCAGACGAAUGGGAUACUUCACUAUUCAAACAUAUAUUCCUUGCAUAUUAACAGUUGUAUUAUCAUGGGUAUCAUUUUGGAUCAAAAAAGAUGCCACACCAGCAAGAACAGCAUUGGGCAUCACAACAGUAUUGACAAUGACAACCCUAAGUACCAUAGCAAGAAAAUCCUUGCCACGGGUUUCUUACGUCACAGCCAUGGACCUGUUUGUGACUGUGUGCUUCUUAUUUGUAUUUGCAGCACUAAUAGAGUAUGCAGCACUUAAUUACUAUUCAAGCUGCAAAAAACCAAGAUGUACAAAGAAAAAAAAAUCGAACUAUUCUGUUUUGGACAUGAGGCCACCUCCAACAGUCAUCACUUUAAACAAUUCUUUAUACUGGCAGGAGUUUGAAGAGGCUUGUGUCUAUGAGUGCCUGGAUGGUAAAGACUGUCAGAGCUUUUUUUGUUGUUAUGAUGAAUGUAAAUCUGGGUCAUGGAGAAGAGGAAGAAUCCACAUAGACCUUUUAGAACUUGACUCAUAUUCAAGAGUAUUUUUCCCUACGUCAUUUCUGUUAUUUAAUCUUGUCUACUGGGUUGGAUAUCUCUACCUUUAAAGACGACUAUUCUAAAGACAAUUAUAUUUUCAAUUAUUUGCAAGUGCCCAUGGAGGAGAUGAAGGACUACAACAUUUCCAUCUUAAACGUUCCAUGGAUCACUUUGGAUUAUUUUCACACAAACUGGGGAAAGAAAACAUUUCCCAAAUGAACUCUAUUUGCAGAAAACUGUGUAUUGUUGUCAGAAAACUUUUUACCACGAAAUAACACUUAUAACUUCUUAUAUUCCAAAAUCUAUAUUUGGCAUAGAAAA